CCGCCAUUUGGGAUCAUGGCAUCCGCUCGAGAGGAGAGUCGCAUAAGUCCUUACAGAAAACUGCUUAUAGAUCUGUCUAUGGAACUGACUAGAAGAGAUCUGGAGAGUUUAAUUUAUGCUGUAGGGGAUAUUCUUCCUAGGAGACUGACUGAAAAUAUGGAAAGUGGACUGAAGUUAUUUGAAGCACUCGAACAGGAUGUUCAUAUUAGUCCACAGAACCUGAACCUGCUGCAAGAUGGGUUUAAUACAAUUGGCAGAGCGGAUCUUGCGCAAAGAAUUCAGGUUUUCUCAAGUAAACCAGACACUGUUGAGACUGAUGGUGGGCAAGAUGACAUAGUGACUGAUGGAAUUGGGGAUCAAGGCAAUGCUGACACAACAGAGAGUGAUCCUACUGACACAAUAAACCCUGGUGCAGAGAAAGCUCAUGCUGUACACUUGAAAUCAGCACAGCUACCUCAUCAAUCAGUGUUACCGUUUGAUGGGAAUCUGGGAAGUACCCCCACAGUCACCAGACCCAGGGGUGCAGGAGAAGCUACUCCUACAAAGCAUUGCCUUGUGGCCAGCAGUGAUAAUUUAUCUAUGGCUAUAAAUGAUGGCUCCUACACUUCAUCUCCUGCACCCUCACCUGCAGCUGUGGGGCAACAAUCACGAGGACCCACUCAGGCUGCUUCAUCUGGUAGAGUCCAACAUGACCCAGCCCAUGGAACACCAUCGGUGCGAUAUGUGAACUUUCUUCUUUACGAGGGCUAUUCUGUGGAAAUAAUAGGAGGAAAACACUUCAAAACUCCAGAUGGAGAGUUUGUGGAAAUGAAAAGUGGGACACAGUAUAAAAUACAUGUCAAAAACUCACAUACCUAUGGUUGUCAUGUGGAUAUAUCAAUUGAUGGUUAUGAUGUAGGAGGAUGGGCUCUCAGGCGUGGAGAAGAGAUGUCAAUAGAAAGAUCAGCAUAUGAGGCAAAGAAGUUCACCUUCUAUCGAGUGAAAACUACACCAAAAGAGGCAGGAAUUGUGUCUGGGCAGCCUGAAAAUGGUGUUCUUAAGUGUGUGUUUACACCUGAAGUUGUCAUAGCAUUCACACAAGGUUUAUCUUUCCAUCCACCAGAUGAAACAGAGAAUGCAAUGGAAAGAAGGAUAAAACAAGAAAUUGAAAGGCAAGGUUUAGAACUGAAUCGUAUAGAGUCGAAUAUAGAUUCUGCAUCGUGUAAAGUGGGCAUGGCGGAAAGUCAUAUAUCAGCUAAACAGAGUGGAUCGAUUCUUAGUAAAGUCUCUGGUUGGUUCCAAAAUCUUCUGCCUUCAAAUUCUAAUUCUGAAGCUCCCUCUGAUGCUUUCCAAGCCCCACCACCCCGGCAAUCAACUCGUUACGCUCAAUCCAGUCGUGUCAAUGUCGUUGAACGGGAUCCAGCAUGGAGGGCAGGUGCUACAACAUUACAAGGUCACAGCACACAACGGUUCAUCUCGGCUGAACCGAUGGAAGUGGAUCCUUCAAGGAAGGUUGAGCUGGUUCUCAGGCUUGUGGCCAGGGAGGGAGAAGAAAUACUCGAGUUCCCUAAAGAUGAGUGUAAACCGUUGUCAACUCUGAUUCCACCAGCUGUCCAGGAGUAGAGGAGGUACUGGGUCGGUGUCAACCUUUUUAAAAAACAUGAACUGCCCUGGCACUCUUUCUGGAGGAGUAUUAGCGUUUAAUUUCUUGGUGAUCAUAGCUUUAAACGAUAUACAUCACCUUAUUUAAGCAGUUUUCGUUGUCACAGAGAUCAGUGUUUCGUCGGAAUGAAACGUUGACAAGUUAUUUCACUGGGGUUCACAAACACCAGUGGAGGGCGAAUAUUUUUGUCAAACAAGUGUGAAACGUAACUGAAGAAAUCACGUUAAUGCCACAAGAUUCUCUCUUCUCAAAGAAAUUACUCAUAUUUUUGGAGGCUAAGCUAUCGAUCGCGACAUUUGAUACAAAAUAGUAUUUGCCAUUUGGUAGACGAGGAAUAAUUAGUUCAACCGUAGGUGAACAGAAGGAUGUGAUUCUAGAAAUUUGCUGUAGAUUAAAACAUGUUGUAACAUUGAAUCUUUGUGCAUAAGAUAAUAAAUAAAAUUUGAAGAACAA